AAUUCUCGCCCACGCACCCGCGAAUCUGCUCGCUAUUUGCUUCCAGAUUUCCCGUCAUGGCAGCCCUCUCCUCCAUUUGGAAGGCACAAUCAUGAGGUAAAAAUGAGAAGAAAGUGUAGGAUUUGGUGGCCAAAGCAGCUGUCAUCAAGUGAACCUCUAUCUUCCAAUUUCUUGUUCGGAUGGUUUCUUUCUUCUUCUUCGGCCUCUCUUGACAUUGUAGUAGCUUUCGCGAGCAGUGAAGUCCCUUCUUCACAUAACCAGUCCGACCUCGAGGGGAUCCUACGUGAAACAAACGCGAACAUGCCCAAGUUUCUACAGAAAAAUUCAACACUCUCUAUACUCGGCCAGCAUGCUGUAGAUCUUCACAGUACUGCCCAUUUGUUGAGCUCUGGAACUACAGAAGAUCAAAGGAAUUCCUCAACUUGUGGCAAUGCUUGUCUCCUGAACAAUAGAGGGACAUUUAGACAAGACUAUGGACGAUGGACUCGUGGGUGCCACAAACUUGAUGGAUCACUAGAGCAAUGUACACAAGCUUCUAUCGGAAACUGUAAUUGGAUCCUGCUGGCAUAUUACUCUCAGGAACAGUUCGGUGAAGAAAUUUAUUGGAUUCCUAAAUUACAUCACAUUCACUGGAAUGGACAAGUAGUGUUUCAGUCUGAUAUCCACGUAAUAUUCUAUGAAACUCCCUCAUAUGGUGGUCACCAUUUCUCACUGCAUUUUUGGGAUUCAUCUGAGCAAGUGAAAGCUCCUUUGAAGAAACCCAAGUGGGUUGACGAGCUUCACCAAAAGCAGCCAUUAGUUGAUUUGGAUACAGUAAUUCUGGCAAUUAACAGUGCUGCUGCCGCAAACAUAUUUUUCGAGAGACUUGUUGCUCCUGGGAGAUCCCUUGCUCGGUUUUCCAUUGUUUGCAUGUUUAUUACCUUCAUGUGGCAAGUAAUUGCAAUAUCCACGGCUUCGCUGUCAACUUUGUUUUAUGUCAUUCUUCAGCUUCUCCAUAGCCUAUUGAGCUAUGGAUUGCAAUCAUGGAUUUAUGUUACAUUAGCAAAGAUAUUCGGGUCUACAUGGAUAAUUACACGAAUCCGCUGUUGUCAGAUCUUGUAUUGGCCAAUCUUCCUUCAAGAAACUGGCCUGAGGUCUCUGUCAUCCGUUGAAUUUGCGGAGAAAGCUGCAUUACAUAAGCAUUCCAUCUGGUCAAGUAUAGCUCUUGAUGUUCUCUUGGGAAACUUUAUUGGUUUGGCACUGUUAUACAAUGCUGAAUCUGCUUGCUUGUGGAUUAUGAACUUUGCCAAUGACAUUACGAACAAGUUGUUGCGGUUAGGUUGCGUUUGGUUAAUGGGAGUCCCUGCUGGUUUCAAGUUAAACACAGAACUGGCGGGAGUUCUUGGCAUGAUUUCUCUCAAUGCAAUCCAAAUAUGGUCUACCCUCUGGGGCUUUGUGGGUUUCCUUUCCAUUCAUAUCAUUAAAGGACUUGCAAUAUCAGGAAUUCUUUUUGGGAUGACGAUUCCUGCUGCUUUGAUCAUAGACAUACUUUUACUAUCAGCUUUGCAUGUGUCGUCACUUCAUUGGUUGCUCUCACUAAUAUAUUCGACGCAGAUACAGGCAUUAGCAGCUUUAUGGCGCCUUUUCAGGGGUCGAAAGUGGAACCCUCUUCGUCAGAGAUUAGAUAGCUACGACUACACUGUGAAGCAGCAUGUUGUUGGAUCUCUUCUGUUUACACUGCUCUUACUUCUAUUACCAACAACUUCUGUUUUCUACAUCUUCUUUAGUAUUGUGAACACAACCAUUAGCCUUUUCUGUAUAUUGAUUGAAGUCAUUAUCUCUUUUAUUUAUGCUACACCUUCUAUCAAAAUUUUCCUUUGGUUGGUGAGGCAAAGAAGAUUUCCGUCUGGGAUAUGGUUUGAAAUUGUAUCUUGUCAGAGUAAUCUAAUCAAUUCUUCAUCUGCGAAUCUUCAGAGGAAUCAAAGUGGAGAGAAAUCUAGCAUUCUGGUUUCACUUCUCCACAGCAACUUCUUAAGUAUAGGAGAACUGGUCUUGCCUCAUUAUGUAAACAUAUUUUCUGGGGUUUCUGGGUCUUUUGUAGCAAAAGCAAUUCACGGUGUCCUGACUGGGAAAAGGGUUGCAUAUAAAUUGGGUACAGCUCUUCCUUCGCCAUUGCCAUGGAUGUUCAUCCCCUACAAAGAGUAUUGGUAUCUCUGCUAUGAUUCAAUUCUUGCGUGCAGCAGAACAUGACUGCCUUGUGUGCCAUUUUGGCAAACCUUAGGCAAUGAACAUGCAGCAGAAAGUGUGCAUAUGGUUCCAAAAAAUUCAAUUUUAUUCUCUUCAUCCGGACUUUACCAAGAAAGAUUACUAUUUUUGGGGCGAACAGGUUGAUAGCAGAACUUCACCGACUCAAUUCCACUUAAUUUGAUUUAAAUUCUUCCCCUCUCAACUUUUGCUGCUCCCGUUGCACUGUGAAUUUUGUGUGCUCGCAGGUUUGUCCAUUCUUGAUUUAAUUCUUGGCUUGUUAAAGGAAUGAGUGAGUCGGAGAAUAUUGGAUAUUUUCUAGGUUGAUUAUGCAUUUGUUGGAGCCUUUUUUGACUUAUUUAGGAUGAAUACUUGACUGUUAUAAUACGUUUAGGUUCCCUUCUCUAACAUUUAUCACAUAUUGUACUUGUAACCAAAACGUAUUACUGCGAUUGCUUCUUCAUAAUUGCAUCA